UUAUAUCCGGAACGUAUAUUUCAUUCGAACAACCUGAAGCCUCAGUCAUAUUGCAUGUGGACUGCCGGCAGCAUAUCACAAUGAUCCUGUAUCUGAUACUUGGCGCGUUCGUGGUGGUCGGUGCACAAGAAGGCGACAAGAAGCCGGUCGGAAGUGUGGAGUUCGAACAGCCGACGGCGGAUGUAAAGUCGCACAGUGACGUGUCCGUUCUCAACGACGCCGACUACGCCAAGUAUCACGACUGCGAUGAAAUCCUAGCUUCCGGUUCAUACAAGGAGGCGGGGAGUUACCGGAUCUACCUGAACCAGUCGGAACCCAUCGUGGUGUUCUGCGAAUUCGAACUGGGCGCAGCCAGUUACGUGUUUUCUAUUCAGAAGCACGGCUGGGGGGAUUUUGUGCAGGGCUACUACAACUAUGAGUGGGGCUUCGGGAGCAUUUCUGAUGGGAGCGGCUGGCUCGGUCUACGGAGAAUCAAAGCUUUAACAGACGCCGGUAACAACGUGCUAACAGUGACGAUGCAGGGCUGCAUAUUGCGUGAGAAACGAAAACUCGUCUGGAAUCACUUCUCGCUUGGAUCGCCACGAUAUCGUCUCAAUAUCACCGGCUACGCAUCCGGUCACGUGCUUCCUGACGACCUGUCUCAUAACAACGGCAUGCUUUUCUCGUCUAUCGAUGAACCCGAUGCAAACAACUGCGCAGUGAACAUGCGCGCCGGCUGGUGGUACAACAACUGCACCUACACACUGCCCACCGGGAGAUACUACGUCUACUGUGGCCACUACCCUCCCAGGAAUCAGUUCUAUGACGGUCUGUUCUACAAGGAUUGGCGCGGCUUUGGCUACUCCAUGACAUACUUCCGCAUGGCGCUAUCCCGUAACUAGGAGACGACUCAUCUGAAACCAGUCGGCUGUCACCGAACUUCUAUCUGCUUAAACCGCUGUUUAUGAUGUAUUUUCUUUUUCCGAUUUCUGACUUGAAAAAUAAAUUUUGUUGCAAACAUCA